AUGCCACUUGAUUCCAAUCAACGUGUUAUUAAAAACACAUCUGCCACAAUCCUAGGCUCUGAGAUUCGCCACCUCGAAGAUUGCCUUCGCUCAGGGUGUUUGAACGGAAAGGGGAAAUACACCAAGCUCUGCCAAGAAUGGCUAGAGGGCUUUAUGCAAGGUGGUCGGGCCUUGGUGGUCUCAUCUGGAACCUCUGCUCUCGAAAUGGCGGCCAUUCUUGCCAAUAUUCAACCCGGAGAUGAGGUCAUUGUGCCAAGCUAUACAUAUGUGACCACUGUGAACUCUUUUGUUCUGCGUGGUGCUACCCCUGUCUUCGUGGACCUAGACCGUUCAACAAUGAAUGUUGAUGCCAGCCUGAUCGAAGCCGCUAUCACCAAAAAGACAAGGGCGAUUAUUCCGGUACAUUACGGUGGGGUUGCCUGUGAUAUGGAAAUGAUAAUGAAAGUCGCAAGGAAACACAGCCUCUUUGUCUGCGAAGAUGCUGCAAUGGCAUGUUGCUCGACGUAUCACGGACAGAUGCUAGGUACGAUUGGCCAGCUUGGCUGCAUUAGUUUCCAAGAGAAGAAGAACUUUACAGCUGGUGGACAAGGUGGCGCUUUACUUGUCAAUGAUCCCAGUCUUGUGGAGCGCGCUGAAAUUCUCUAUGAGCAUGGUACUGAUCGGGGACGCUUCCUUCGCGGAGAAGUAGAGCGAUAUCACUGGUUGGAUAUAGGAUUGAACGCAACUCUCUCAGAACUGCAGGCAGCUUUUCUUUUCGGACAACUGGAAGCUUCUGAUCAAAUCAGCGCACGGAGAUUGUGGCUUUGGGGGCGAUAUUUCUCUUCUCUUGCUCCAUUGUCGCAGAAAGGGCACAUCGAUCUCCCUACGAUCCCCAAAGAUACGACCCACAAUGCGAACAUAUUUUGGAUGCAAUUGAAGGAUACCUCUCAACGCCCAGGGAUAAUUCGAUACUUAGGCAACGCCAACAUUGAGGCCCAUGCACAGUUUAUGCCUCUGCAUCUGUCGCCGUACGGCAAGGCUCAUGGUCGCUUCUCUGGUGUUGAUUCUGUUACAUCGUUGGCAGCAUCGCAGAUAGUACUUUUGCCAGUUCAUAUGGGUCUUUCUGAUGAAGAUCAAGAUCGAAUCAUCGCCACUGUGCUUGCAUAUUGGGAAGCGGAUCGCGUAACAUUGAAUCAGCCUAGCCAACCCAGAAAGAUAUCUGACAACUAG